ACUAUCAACAUAUCUUAAAUGUUUCACUUGCCAAAAACAUACACUCUCUUCUUCCAUUUUGUUACACAACAAAGAAAGAAAAAAUGAAACAUGGAAUCGUCCUUGUUUUGCUCAUCAUGAGUAUGUUGCUGACGGUUACUACCUCUGUGUCCUUUAGCAGAUCCAUAUCAGUAACCAAGCCUUCUCCGCCAUCAACCAUACAUUCACCGUCAUCAACCAAGCCUUCACCAUUUUCAACCAAACCUUCUCCGCCAUCAGCCAUACCUUCACCGUCAUCAACCAAACCUUCACCAUUUGCUAACACUUCACCACCAUCAACCAGACCUUCACCAUCAUCAACCAAAGCUUCACCAUUUGCUAAAACUUCACCACCGUCAAUCAAACCUUCACCAUCAUCAACCAAACCUUCACCAUCUGCUGGCAACAACAACAACGGCGGUGGAAAUGGCAACGGUGGCUCCUUUGGAUUUGGACCUGGAGGAGGUUUUGGCAUACCAGGUUUCGACAACACCAUCCCAGGAGGAGGAUACGGAGGCGGAUAUAGUGGUCCAAGUGGAGGGAACUCCAUAAACGGUGUUAUGGGACCAACUGUUGUCUGCAAAGACUUAGGACCUUGUUACCAGAAAAAGGUCACAUGUCCAGCAGGGUGUUUUUCAUCGUUCAGUCACUCCAGCAAGGGAUACAGUGGAGGUGGUGGAGGUGGUAGCUGCACCAUUGAUUGCAAAAAGAAAUGCUUUGCUUAUUGUUGAGGAAAUCCACCAUAUAUUGUUCCAAUACCCUUUUACAACACAAAUAAAAUUAUGUUGCAUGGUUGAUCUGAGUCGGAACUUGCUUUUUAUUAUAUAUCUGCUUUUUGUAUUCUCAUAUCUAUAUAUGUAGUUUUGUGAAAUUAUGAGACAUUGCUGAGAAGAGUUUGAUCAGGACUUUUCUCCUCUUUCUCUGUAAUAAAUUAUGUGAAUCUUGACUUGUAUUUAUCUAAGAAUUGUUUGAGAGUUUAAUUGUCA